CCACUGCUGAGGAAGCGUGCAGUGGUGGCGAAAGAGCGAAUGUGGACGGAGCGCUCGUUCCGGUUGUUGUCGAUAUGUCGGCGGAGGAGGAUACGGAGCUGCGGGAUCUGUUGGUGCAAACUUUGGAGAACAGUGGGGUAUUAAACAAGCUCAAGGCUGAACUACGGGCAGCUGUAUUCCUAGCACUGGAAGAACAGGAGAGAAUUGAAAAUAAAACACCAUUGGUUAAUGAGAGCUUGAAAAAUUUUUUGAACACAGAGGAUGGGCGCUUGGUAGCUGGUCUUGUUACUGAAUUUCUCCAGUUUUUCAACCUUGAUUUUACUUUGGCUGUAUUCCAGCCAGAAACAAACACUUUCACUGGACUUGAUGGACGGGAAAAUUUGGCAAGGGAGCUAGGAAUUCAUGAAGGUGAUGGCUUGAAAGGAGUACCUAUAUUAUUGGAGGUGAUGCAAAGAAAUCGACAAAAGGAGAAAGGUCAUAGUCUUUCUGAAGGAGAUCAUGUCACUUCUAUUCCAAAGGAAUUAACAGCAAAGCACAUAGCAGAAGCGAAGAAAAAGUUUGAAUUUUAUGAUAAAGACAAGAAUGGUAAAAUAAGUAAAGAAGAAUUGAAAGAACUAUUCCUAGAUCUCUUCCCUCAUUUUAACAAGAAUAUGAUGGACAUUUAUGUAAAUGAUGAAGUUAAAGCAGUGGACAAAGAUUUUAGUAAUGCAAUUGAUUAUGAUGAAUUUCUGGGAAUGUAUAGAAGUCUAUUCAUCCAAUGUAGAAGUGUGGUAGUUCAAGAUAUUUCUGGUAUGGUGCAAUCUCCACGCAAGAUUCCAGAAGGGAGGCAGAAUGUAGGCAGUAAGAUACCUAGAUACAAAGGAACUGGUAAAGUUAAGGAGAGCGAGGAGAAAGCUGGUGCGAAGGUCAUUGACACAAAUCUUGGAGAUACCAGUAUGGCCUCAGGUGAUAUAAAAACUGCAGCUAAUCUGAAUCCUGGAGAGCCGAAGCAAGAGUUAUUAUCUAACACGCCCACCAGCCUCCCAGAGAAGAAUGAAAAGCUAUAUUUUGGUGAAGAUGAAGAUUCAUUCUUUGAUGACCCUUUGCCUGAGCAAAUGAAAACCUAUGGGUGGCGGACUGAUUUGAAAAGUAAACCUUUGGGUGGUCUGACGUCCCUUUCAGAUGCUCCUCCUCUAACAGCAGACCUCGGUACACUGGCAGGAGAGCCAGCAUUAAAAGAAACUGAUUUAAAAGGUGAUGAAGAGGAGUAUUACGAUGAUGAUUUUAUCAGUGGUAGUCAACGUUCGGAUAAAACAAAGAGUGAAGUGAGCAUUGGUGAAGAGAUUGAAGAGGAAAUUUCUUUAGAGGGAGAAGAUCUUUGUGCCAGUGAUAAGCUUGAUGACUUUACACAGGACCACACCAUAUCGAACUGCAGUGACGUAGCGGAUUAUUUAGAGGAGGUGCCAUAGUGGCAUUGGCAGUUUUAUGUAUUUCACUGUACAGAUGAGUAGUUUUGCCUGCUUUUGUUGUUCUGACAAAAUUCUGAAGAUGUAAUUGAUCUCUGCAAAAUGUUUGUUGAAUGUAGUGUUAAACUAAGCCAACUGGAAAUCACAGACCUCGAUCAACACUCAUAGAUGAAGCAAUCAAAAUAGUACUGAUUUAAGCAGUGAGAAAUCGGCAGGUAGCCCUGAGACCAUCAUUCAGUAUAUAGUCAGAAGGGUUUUCCACUAAGAAAUAAUAAGUUUGGACCUAAAUUGUAAAAGUAAAAGUAUUAUGAUUAAAAGUUAAUUUAAUGCUAACUUACAUUUUCAAGUUCUUUGUAUUGAAAAUGUGUUAUCAAAAAUGUGUAACUUUUUUUUGGAAAUGGUUGAGAACUUACAAAUAUAUUUAUUUAUUCUGUGUCAUUUGAAUUAAAUCUAUCAAUAUUAUUAGCAAGUCCCUGGAAAUUUCCUGAAUGUAAGGCAGAAGCUACAUUUAAUUGGUCAGACCACACUUUUUGAGUAUCGUGAGCAAUUUUGGACCCCUUAUUUAAGAAAAGAUAUGUCAUUGAAGAGGGUCCAGUAGAUGUUCGCAAGAAUGAUUCCGGGAAGGAAAGGGUUAAUGUAUUCUGGAGUGUUUGACUCUGGGCCUGUACUUGCUAGAACUUAAGAAUGGGGGGAGGAUCUCAUUGAAACGUAUCUAAUAUUGAAAGGCAUAGGUGGAGUGAAUGUUAAGAGGAUGUUUCCUAUAGUGGGGGAGUCUAGGACCAGAGGAUACAGCCUAAGAAUAGAGGGAUGUCCCUUUGGAACAGAGAUGAGGAAUUUAUUUAGCCAGAGGGUGGUGAAUCUGUGGAAUUCCUUGCCACAGAUGGCUGUGGAGUCCAAAUUAUUGGGUAUAUUUAAAAUAGAGAAUGAUAGGUUCUUAAUUAUUAAGGGUGUCAAAGGUUACGGAGAGAAUGGGGUUGAGGAGCAUAAUGUCCGCCAUUGUGGAAUGGCGGAGCAUCCUUAAUGGGCUGAAUGCCCUAAUUCUGCUCUCAUGUUUUAUCAUCUUAAUUGACGUUCCCAUGAAGAUUUGAUGGUUGGGUUGGAAGGAGUAGAGAGGAUCAGAUGUGGUCUUUGCUGCUGACUGGUGUGAUCUCUUAGUGAAAUCAUUAUUUUCACUGAUGGGUGCUCAGCCAGCAUUUUGGAAAAAGUAUCAUUGCAUUGUAGUGCAUCUUACACAUAACUCACAUUUCUGUCCAGAAGAAUGAAUGCUAGAAAGGACGAAUGUUGGAUAACAUGGCUUUUUUAGCCAGUAAUGCUGUUGCCUGAUUGCUCAACAUGUUAGCAUUCAAAGAACAGAUUACUGUGUAGGAGAGAGAGAGAGCUGGAUCUCCCUUUUUUCUGAUCCUUGGGGUUCUUCUGGCAGUUAAGAAUGGUGAGGAUUUAAUUCUUAACGAUCAUUUUAUUUUAAAGUUUAAACAAAUGUACAGACAUUUGAUACAAAGUGAAGAGCUGAGAAGCAAAUUCAAUAGAUUCAAUGAAAAGAUGGCACCUCUGAAAAAUCCAUCACUUUUAUAAUCCAGAUAACAGAAAUUCUUUAGAUAAGUAUAAACCAACCAACGGUUGCACAAUUACAUCAUUUGGGUAAUGUGCUAACACUUAGCCAAUGAAAAAUUAGGAAGUUGAUAAACCAUUAUGUAACUGGGGACAAACCACCACAUACUGUGAAAAAUACAUGAGUUGAUUAAAAAAAAGUA